AUGAGCCUCAACCCGACCGAAUUCACCGACAAGACCAACGCGUACCUCAAGGACGCCGAGGCGUAUGCGGAAGAGCAUGGCCACGCCCAAGUCACGCCGAUGCACGUCGCGUACGCUCUCUUCAACGACAGCGAGAGCUUUGCCCGGCGCGUGGCCGAGAAGGCGCAGGCCGACGCCACCGCGAUCCUCAACGAUAUCACGACGCAUCUUCAGAAGCUCCCGACACAGUCGCCGGCGCCUGAUCACAUUAGCAUCGGCUCGGCACUGACCAAGGUUCUCAAGGCCGCCGUCAAGCAGCGCAAGGACAAGGGCGACACGCACAUGGCGGUCGACCAUCUCUUGCUCGCGCUCUUUACGUGCCCGGCGGUCGCAGCGCUUUUCCAGCGUCACAAUUUGAGCCAGAGUCAAGUCGGCACGAUCAACGACGGCAUUCGCGGCGGCCGGCCCGUCACGAGCAACACGGCCGAGGGCAACUACGAGGCGCUCGCCAAGUACGGGCAGAAUCUCGUGGCGCUGGCGGCCGCGGGCAAGAUCGACCCUGUGAUUGGCCGCGACGAGGAGAUUCGCCGCGCCGUGCGCAUUCUUUGCCGACGCACCAAGAACAACCCGGUGCUCAUUGGCGAACCCGGCGUCGGCAAGACGGCGAUCGUCGAAGGCCUCGCCCACCGCAUCGUGAGCGGCGAUGUCCCCGACCUCCUGGCGUCGUGCCAGAUUCACUCGCUCGACAUGGGCGCGCUCGUCGCCGGGGCCAAGUACCGCGGCGAGUUUGAAGAGCGGCUCAAAGCCGUGCUCCAGGAAGUGCAGGCGAGCGACGGCAAGGUCAUUUUGUUCAUCGACGAGAUGCACUUGAUUUUGGGCGCCGGUGCGACCAGCGGCGCCAUGGAUGCGGCCAAUAUGCUCAAGCCAAUGCUCGCGCGCGGCGAGCUGCGCUGCAUUGGUGCUACGACGUUGGAAGAGUACCGCAAGUACGUCGAGAAGGACAAGGCGUUUGAGCGGCGCUUCCAGCAGGUGCUCGUCACCGAGCCGUCUGUGCCCGAGACGGUCAGCAUCCUCCGUGGCCUCAAGGCGCGCUACGAGUCGCACCACGGCGUGCGCAUCACGGACGGCGCGCUCGUCGCCGCGGCCACGCUCGCCGACCGGUACAUUACCCAGCGCUUCAUGCCCGACAAGGCCAUCGACUGCAUCGACGAAGCGUGCGCCAACGUGCGCGUCCAGCUCGACUCGCAGCCCGAAAUCAUUGAUGCGCUCGAGCGCAAACAGCUCCAGCUGCAGAUUGAGGCGACUGCGCUCGCCAAGGAGAAGGACACGCGCUCGACAGAUCGUCUCAAGCUCGUGCGCCAAGAGCUGGCGGCCGUCCAUGACGAGCUGCACCCACUCAAACUGCAGCACCAAGCCGAGAAGGCCAAGGUCGAGGAGAUUCGUCGCCUCAAGGACAAGCUCGCGCAGCUCGAGCUCAAGGUCGCCCAGGCCGAGCGCCGACAGGACCUCGCGCAAGUGGCCGACCUCAAAUACUAUGCGAUUCCCGACGUGCACAAGUCGAUCCAGCGCCUCGAAGCGGAGAAGGCCGCGCAGGACGCCGACCCGGCGUUCAGCAGCAACAAGCUCGUGGAGGAGGUUGUUCGCGAAGCCCAGAUUGCGCAGGUCGUGUCGCGCUGGACCGGCAUCCCGCUCGACAAGCUCACAACAAGCACGAGUGACCGCCUUUUGCACCUCGGCGCGCGGCUCCACGAGCGCGUGAUUGGCCAAGACGCUGCUGUCCAGGCGGUCUGCGAUGCCGUGCUGCGGUCGCGCGCGGGCCUGGCGCGCCAGGACCAACCGACAGGCUCGUUUCUCUUUCUCGGGCCCACGGGCGUCGGCAAGACGGAGCUCGCCAAGGCACUCGCGCUCCAGCUCUUUGAUUCGGAGAAGCACAUGGUGCGCAUCGACAUGUCGGAGUUUAUGGAAGAGCACUCGGUCUCGAAGCUGCUCGGCGCGCCGCCCGGCUAUGUGGGCUACGACGACCAGGGCGGCCAGCUCACGGAACCCGUCCGGCGCAACCCGUACAACGUUGUGCUCUUGGACGAGAUUGAGAAGGCGCACCCUAAGGUCCUCAACGUGCUCUUGCAGCUUCUGGACGACGGCCGCCUCACCGACUCGCACGGGCGCACGGUCGACUUUACCAACGUUGUCGUCGUCCUCACCUCGAACGUCGGCGCCGAGCACCUCCUGCCAUCGCCGAUCCAGAGCCCGUCCAAGCGCCCGCGCCUUGACACGGCUGCCGUGUUGUCGCUCGAUGCACAAAAGGACCGUGUGUUGGCCGACUUGCGCCGGUACCUGCGUCCCGAACUGCUCAACCGCCUCGACGACGUCAUUGUGUUUGAGCCGCUGGGCAAAAUUCAGCUGCGCGACAUUGUCCAGCUGCAACUGCGCUCAGCCGAGACCCGGCUCCAGGACGCGCACCAAGUGUCGAUGGACGUGACGACGGCCGCGCUCGACGCCAUCUUGGAUGCGGCGUACGACCCGCAGUACGGCGCCCGCCCGCUCAAGCGCUACAUUGAAAAGCACGUGGUGACGGCACUGAGUCGGCAGCUCUUGGACGGUUCCCUGCGUGCCAAGGGCCACGUGACCUUGUCGGCCACCGAUGGCGCGCUCACGUUUGAGAUCGACAACCCCGACGUCAACAUGGCCCCGUAA